AUGGAAGCACCUCUGCAAGCAUUCACGGAGUCUGGUCUGGCGUCGAGCAGGUCUCGCAGCUCUGGCGGCAGUUCAAAGUAUCGCGGCGGCAAAUCCAAAUCUUCAAACGUCUCUGACCGAUUGAACACUCCGGGCGCUUCUAGCCUCCCCCCUCGCAAAAAGCGCAAAGGAGGCAAAUCAUCCACCAACGUUUCCUUUGACGAAGCGAGCAGACACGAGUACCUCACUGGAUUUCGAAAGAGAAAACAGGAGAGAAUCGAAAAGGCCAGAGCCAAUGCGCUGAAGAGAGCUAAAGAGGAAGCAAAAGCAGCUAGAAAAGAGGCUAAAGAGGCAAAGAAAAAGAAGGCGAAGGAAAAUGUAAAGUUGGAAAGGUUGGCUUUGGGCUUGGGGUCUGAAGAGGAGGAAGAGGAAAAUGAUGAGGAAGAUGAAGGGGAGGUCGAGAGGGAGAGACCGAUCGAGGGUGAGUUGAAUGAGGCGAGCGUGGAGCUGUAUGCGUGACCGUCUCCUCAGCGCAUCCUCACUUCGUACUUCUCAGUUUCUACCUACGAAACACCGGAUCAUCAAACUUCAGUCACGGUGUCAGAGUGGGAUCCGACAGCUGAUCCGGCAGAAGAAGAAUUGAGACUCGCUCGGGCUAGUCAAGCAGCUUCCACCCCUUUGGCGCCGGCAACUCUUUCUGUCUCAAAGCUGCGUACGGUAGACGAGCUCCCAGCCAGUUCCCGUCGGCUAGCCAAAAAAUCGCAGUCUCUGCUCAAGAAGCAAGAAGCUGCUCGAUCGCGCAGCGGCUCGGCUCGACGGGGCAAUGGCAAGAAGGGUUGCUUGACUGCUCAAGAAGCAGCAGCAGCUUCCAUCUCUGCAUUGGUAGAUGAGAGUCCGCACCAGAAUGCUGAAGAGACUACUUUUACCGAUCCGAUACUGGGCGGAGGAGGAUCCAAACCGUUCUUGGCUGGUAAGCACAGGGCCCAGCAAUCCUACAGUACUGCAGCGGAUCGCAAAGCUCAGAAUGAGAAGUUGAAAGAGAGAAGAAAGAGACAUAUGGAGGAGAGAAAGGAGAAGGAAAAGAGGAUACUGCAGAAUGGGGGUAGAGCGGCUAUUGCAUUGAGAAAGAGAGGAACAGGAAAGAUGGGCAAGGGUGGGAAAGGCAAGGAUUUGAGGAAGAAGAAAACGCCGAGGGACUGA